GGUAUGUGCUUCGGCGAUGCAGGCGGUAUGUAUAGGCGGUACGCGUUGUCAUGCAGCCGCUAUACAUUGCCAUGCACGCUCGCUUCCUCGCUGCAAAGGCGAUACAGAAUCCGAAAGAGGCGGGAUGCGCGCUGUCCGAAAGAGGAGCGAGGAGGGAGGUCAUCCCAUACUCGACAAAGGUCUUCCCAUGCUCGUGUCAGCGCACAGCCAUGUUGCCAGCGCAUGGGCGGUUCUAAAUCACGCUGCUACUGCUCGAGAAGGACUGUUGGGCGGUGGGCAUCAGCUUACGGUAGAAAAGCAUCAGCAGGUGAACGAAAAAGCAUCAGCUCACCGCGAGGAGCAUCGGCAAAGUCACCGUGAAAGGCAUCAACAGGCGAGCGUACGGGCAUCAGCAGACGAAAGAAAGCAUCAGCUCACCGCGAGGAGCGUCGGCAAAGUCACCGUGAAAGGCAUCAGCAGGUGGAUGGUGUAGAAAGAAUAGCACAGGUCCAGACAAAGCUAUGCUGAGUGCGUCCAUGCACGCCCUCUUGCAAACAUAGACAGCGCAGCAGCGGGGUAUC